GCUAGAAAGCAAGCAAGGCCAGGACAAAUUAACAAGCUAGCUGUUUGAUAUUUGAGAGCACUAGUACUGAAAGUUCAGUGUGAGAAAAUGGAUUCUUGGGUUCGAGUUCUUGUUCUUUUGGGGUGCCUUUUUCCAGCCUUCAUAGAGUGCAGGCUUCGCCACUACAAGUUCAAUGUGGUGAUGAAGAAUUCCACCAAACUGUGUUCGACAAAGCCCAUUGUGACAGUAAAUGGGCAGUUCCCAGGACCCACCCUUUAUGCUAGGGAAGAUGACAAUGUGCUUGUGAAGGUCGUCAACCAUGUCAAAUACAAUGUCACCAUCCACUGGCAUGGUAUUAGGCAACUCCGAACAGGGUGGUCAGAUGGUCCAGCAUAUAUUACUCAAUGUCCAAUCCAGCCAGGGCAAAGUUACGUGUACAAUUUCACCAUAACUGGCCAAAGGGGAACACUUCUCUGGCAUGCACAUAUUCUUUGGCUAAGGGCGACGGUCCAUGGUGCCUUGGUCAUCUUGCCUAAACUUGGUGUGCCAUAUCCCUUCCCGAAACCCCACAAGGAAAUCGUUGUUGUAUUAGCUGAAUGGUGGAAAUCGGAUACUGAAGCUGUGAUCAACCAGGCUCUUAAGGGAGGAUUAGCACCAAACGUCUCGGACGCUCAUACCAUGAACGGCCAUCCAGGGCCAGUUCCCAACUGUUCCUCACAAGGUGGGUUCAAGCUGCCAGUCCAAAAUGGUAAGACCUACUUGCUACGCAUAAUCAACGCUGCGCUCAAUGAGGAGCUUUUCUUCAAGAUUGCUGGGCACCAGCUCACCGUUGUAGAAGUGGAUGCUACCUACGUGAAACCAGUGAAGCUUGACACAAUAGUGAUUGCCCCUGGUCAAACCACUAAUGCUCUUAUAACAGCUAAUCGAAACUCUGGCAAGUACUUGGUUGCUGCUUCUCCAUUCAUGGAUGCGCCCAUCGCCGUCGAUAACCUCACCGCAACAGCCACUUUGCACUACUCAGGCACACUUGCUAGUGCCUCAACAACUCUUACUACUCCACCUCCACAAAACGCCACUGCAGUUGCAAACAAGUUCAUAAAUUCUCUACGAAGCCUUAAUUCGAAAAAAUACCCCGCCAAGGUACCAUUGAAAGUUGAUCGUAAACUUUUCUUCGCCGUGGGGCUAGGAAUCAACCCAUGUCCGACAUGCAAAGCCGGUAAUGGAAGCCGGGUGGUGGCCAGUAUCAACAAUGUCACAUUUGUUAUGCCCACCACUGCCCUGCUUCAAGCACAUUACUUCAACAUUCGUGGGGUGUUCACCACCAAUUUUCCGGGUAACCCGCCACAUCUGUUUAACUAUACUGGCACUCCCCCAUCAAGCUUACAGACCACAAAUGGCACAAAGGUUUAUAGGUUACCUUACAACUCUACAGUUGAACUUGUCAUGCAAGACACUGGUAUCAUUGCCCCUGAGAACCAUCCAGUACAUCUUCAUGGGUUUAAUUUCUUUGCCAUUGGUAGGGGACUUGGGAAUUAUAACCCAAAGACAGAUCCUAAAAAAUUUAACCUGGUUGAUCCUGUUGAGAGGAACACCAUUGGUGUGCCAACUGGUGGAUGGGUAGCAAUCCGAUUUCGUGCAGAUAAUCCAGGAGUUUGGUUCAUGCAUUGUCAUUUGGAAGUGCACACAACAUGGGGGCUUAAGAUGGCAUUCUUGGUGGACAAUGGCAAAGGUCCUAAUCAGUCACUUCUUCCUCCUCCAAGUGAUCUUCCAAAAUGCUAAGCUAUGCACGCUUGAGGAUUAUAACAUUACGAGUAGAGAAAUCUCCAACAAGAAAAAGUUGGAAGAUAAUACAUGAGAGAUAACGGGACGAAGACGAGGAAGAACUACAGUGAUUGUUAAUAAACAAGUUAGAUCAAAGAUUCAAUUGGUUUUAGAGUAAAUGGAAUUUGUUUUUGAGUAUAUGUUUGAAUAAAAUGCUCGAGCAUUUUUGUUGUGGGGAUACAAUAUGCCUUUUAUAUGUGGUAGGAUCGAUAUUGUAAAAUGUACUUUUUUUUUUUUUUGGCAGAGAAGUAAAAUAUAUUGCAGUUUGUA